AUGUUUCUGGUUGAGGCUGAGGUUCUUCAAUAUUCUCUUGUGGUGAUGUGCUUGGCUGGAUUUCAUAUGCCGCGACUGAGCGAAGAACCCAGAGUGACCAGCCCGGCGCUGAAGAGGAUAGAGGCAGGAGCGGCAGACUUAGAUGCAUGAUGAUGAUGCAUGGGCGAAUGCAUGUAACCUUGCAAUGGCGGUGUCUGGUCCAGACAUCCUGCAUCGCCUGUCCACUCUGCAUGUUUAUAUCUUAUGUCAUCUUUCCCACAUCCCGUAGCACUUCAUACGAAAACGUGAUGGCCGAGCGUAUUGAAGCGUUACCUGCUUUAACAAUCUCGAGUCUAGCAGCGCCGGUUCAAAACCGGCCUUGGCAGGUUGAAAUUUAUUUCGUGGUAGACCCACGGAGUCAGUCUCGAUCUUCUUACUUUAGUUAGAAUAGGUUCGAUUGUACCUUCAGAACAAUCCCUCAGUAUGCUAGAAAUUGCGAGAUGGAGAAUAAACGAAAAAAC